CAUACAUUAAAGCCAUUGCUGUAUACAUUAUGCAUAACACGCGUAAUGGCCUAUCCUAUUCGAUCAGAACUAUGGUCUAUGCCACCUCAAGUGAUUAUGUUUAGAUUUAUAAUGUCUGUUGUACUUGUAUUGGCUGGUGGCUUCUUUGCAGGGUUGACAUUAGGUCUUAUGGGUCUUGAUGAGACAAACUUACAGGUUAUGUGCGAAUCAGGAUCAGAAGACGAAAAGCAAAAUGCAAAGCGUGUCUUGACUUUACUUCAACGUGGUAAAUACUGGGUUUUGGUAACACUUUUGCUUUCCAAUGUCAUUGUGAAUGAAACACUGCCUAUUGUGUUGGACUCAAUUAUUGGAGGUGGGCUAUUAGCUGUAUUGAUCUCUACUGCUUUGAUUGUUAUCUUUGGCGAAGUGAUUCCACAAUCGAUUUGUGUACGGUAUGGUUUAGCGAUUGGUGCCAAAUGUUCACCGAUUGUGUUGGUGAUUAUGUAUUUGAUGUAUCCCAUUGCUUAUCCUGCCUCUUAUAUCUUGGCGUUCUUUUUGGGUGAAUCCAAAGGCACGAUCUAUAAAAAAGCAGGAUUAAAGACAUUGGUCUCAUUGCAUCGAUCGGAUGAGAAUACAGAUGGAUUGACAGAAGAUGAAGUGACGAUUAUCAAAUCUGUGCUUGAUUUACGUGAGAAGCCAGUAUCUCAAGUCAUGACACCCAUAAAAGACGUGUUUACUUUACCCAUCACGGCCAUCUUGGAUAAAUCACUUGUCACGAAGAUUGUAAGAAAUGGUUAUUCCCGUAUUCCAAUCAAAGCAUCAGAAGAAAACGAUCGUUUUAUUGGCAUGUUGCUAGUCAAGAGUUUGAUUAGUUAUGAUGUUGAUGACCAAUGGCCCGUGAGUCGAUUUGAGAUCAACAAUUUACCAGAGACCUAUCCAGACACAAGUUGUCUAGACAUCUUAAACUUUUUCCAAGAAGGCAAAAGUCAUAUGGCUAUUGUCACCCAUAAUCCUGGUAAACAAGGGAUUCCUUUAGGUGUGAUUACAUUGGAAGAUGUACUUGAAAGCUUAAUAGGCGAAGUAAGUCAGCCUAUACGUGAGUGAAGGUAUUGAUCUACAUGUAGGAAAUUGUGGAUGAAACCGAUGUUUUUGUUGAUGUUCAGAAAAAGAUCAAGGUGAAGCGUAUGCCUUCUACAAGAGAUACCAUGCCAGACUUAAAACACUCUUCCUCUUCAGAAUCCAAGACAGGCAUCAAAAUGCGUAUGAAGGGAUACGGUGCUAUUGUAGAACAAGGCACACAUAGUCAAUCAUUAGAACAAGAACAAAACCAACAAUUCAAUGAGCCCAAAAUCUAAAUGCUAUUUAUCAUGUAUAUUGCUUAUACUAUGUUCUACUGCUUCUAACCAAUUAUUAAAAUCACCUAAAGUAUUCCA